UAGCUGGCUGUGCAUGUAAUCUGGCUGCAGGAGCAGGGGCGAAAGGCACCGUUUCUGUGGUUUAUUAAGCUCUGCCACCAUGCUGGAAGGCUACAGCCCCGUCACCCAGGCGCUGCUCGGGACUCUCUUCACCUGGGGCCUGACGGCCGCCGGAGCCGCCCUGGUGUUCGUCUUCUCCAGCCGACAGAAACGCAUCCUGGAUGGCAGUUUGGGCUUUGCUGCUGGGGUGAUGCUGGCUGCUUCCUAUUGGUCGCUGUUGGCGCCGGCGAUCGACAUGGCGGAGGAUUCGGGGAAGUACGGCUCGUUCGCCUUCGUGCCCGUGGCAGUAGGAUUCACGUUCGGGGCGGCCUUCGUUUACUUCGCUGACCUCGCCAUGCCCCUGUUGGGUGUCGGCACUGACCCCCACACUGCUCUGGCUCUGGCCCCGGACUCGAAGCCGACCAAGGAGAAAUCGGAGGAGCCGUCGCUGCAGCACCUGGACCCUGACGAGAUGAGCAUCAGGAUAGGUAGAGCCGGACCGCUCUCAGAUAAAAUCGAGAAUGGAGACGUCCACCAGAGACGGAGAGGACCGCAUUCAGGCCUCUCGGAAGGACAGGAGCCUGGGAGCAAACAGCAGGAAGGAGCUGGCCAGUCGGGGAGCAGCUGGAGGCGAAUUCUCCUCCUCAUUCUCGCCAUCACCAUCCAUAACAUUCCAGAGGGCUUGGCUGUUGGAGUUGGCUUUGGAGCUAUAGGAAAGACUUCAUCUGCUACUUUUGAGAGUGCCAGAAAUUUGGCCAUCGGCAUUGGAAUCCAGAAUUUCCCAGAAGGCUUGGCGGUUAGCCUGCCGCUCCGGGGUUCAGGAGUGUCGACAUGGACAGCUUUCUGGUACGGGCAGCUGAGCGGCAUGGUUGAACCUGCUGCCGGGCUGCUGGGCGCCCUCGCUGUCGUGUUGGCAGAACCUCUGCUGCCCUACGCUUUGGCGUUCGCUGCCGGGGCGAUGGUCUACGUGGUGGUGGACGACAUUAUUCCAGAAGCUCAAGUCAGUGGAAACGGGAAGCUGGCCUCCUGGACCUCCAUCCUGGGCUUCGUGGUGAUGAUGUCUCUGGACGUAGGGCUCGGCUGACUCCACCGUGACGUUCGUCCAACCCUCGGUGGCCAUGAUCACAUCACAAUGAUGCUGACCUCCGUUUUUUAUAAAAGGACCAAAUGAAGUUUUUCACUUCAGUCAGAAUCGUUGCCACUUGAAGCUGACGGCCGGAAAUGUAGAAGUGUUUUUUAAAACAAGUUGAAAAUGCAGUCGUCCUUGAACAUCUCUCUUUAUUACAAUUAAUAUGUGCAGUGGAAGAGCAGUGGACACUUUUCUUUAAUUUAAAAUCAUAUCUUGAAGGAAUAAUUCAAAUGUCAACACUGGUGAAUGUUUCUUCUUGAAGUCUUUGUCAAAAACAUCAUUCAAAAGGUGAAUGAGUGUGUUUCAGUUUGCUUUUUUCCAGUUUUCUCAAGGUGGUGAUGCUUAAAGUUUAAUGCUCUGAUUGAUGUUUACUGGUUCUCCAAAUGAAUAACUUGAUGUUGCCUUUUGAAAACAGUGAAGCACAAUGUGAUUCAUGCAGUACAAAACAUGAAAACUUGACUUUUUGAAGCUACAGAUUUUGGAAUUCAUAUAAUUUUAACAGUGCUCUCAUUAGUUGUUUGUGAACUGUUUGUUUUCUAUAACAAACUAAGAAGAAGACGUUUCUGCAUUCAAGUUUCCUGUUGAUGUUAAAAUCUGUCAAAUUAACAGAAGAACAUUUGAGGAAUUUAUAUAAUUCAACAAUCUAUUUUCACCUGAAGACAAGACAGCGUAUGAAAAAUUGGCAAUUCAAAGGAAAUAAACAUUACUCCUGCAUCAAAAAAGCCAAUUCAGCCCAGCCAAUGUUUUUUUGAAAUUUCACCUGUUCUCUCCAUUUCAGUCAGAUCGAAG